UGACAAUACGGGGAGGACACCCUCUGAUGAUGCCAGUUCCCUCAGGAAUCAUAUUUGGAAAGAAUUAUGGUCUAGAACCCCCGAUGUUAGCCAUGGAAAUCGCACUUUCCCCCAUCAGGCCUCAGGAAAUGGAUCCUGCAGCUGCUGAUGCCUCUCCCAUGAUCAUCAACAUGACCCCCACCACUGAGCAAGAUGACAGUGAAGAUGCUCUGAAAGAGCUUGAUCCUGGGCAGCAGUAUGAGAAGCCUCCUCCACUCCACACAGGAGCAGACUGGAAGAUCGUUCUCCACUUGCCUGAGAUCGAAACAUGGCUUCGGAUGACAUCCGAACGGGUCAGGGACCUGACUUACUCCGUGCAGCAAGAUUCAGACAGCAAACAUGUGGAUGUGCAUUUGGUGCAGCUAAAAGAUAUAUGUGAAGAUAUCUCUGAUCACGUCGAACAAAUCCAUGCUCUUCUGGAGACUGAAUUUUCCCUGAAGCUUCUGUCUUACUCUGUAAAUGUGAUUGUUGACAUCCAUACAGUACAGAUUCUUUGGCACCAGCUUCGAGUUUCUGUCCUGGUUUUGAGAGAGAGAAUUCUUCAGGGAUUGCAGGAUGCCAAUGGGAAUUACACCAGGCAGACUGAUAUUCUCCAAGCCUUUUCAGAGGAAACAAAGGAGGUAUGGCAAGUGAAUGACCGGCUUGACUCAUUAACAGAAGUGGAUGACUCAGGACAGCUAACCAUCAAAUGUUCUCAAAAUUACCUGUCGCUGGACUGUGGAAUUACUGCAUUUGAACUGUCUGACUACAGCCCUAGCGAGGACUUGCUUGGUGCUCUUGGUGACAUGACCUCUGGUCAGGGCAAAGUGAAACCAUUUGAGACCUGGAGCUGCAGUGAAAUGGAAAAAGACUUUCCAGAGCUCAUCAGAAGUGUGGGAUUACUGGCAGUAGCAACAGAUUCAAUUGCUUCCAAAUGUAAUGAAAGUGUUAAUACAAAAGAAAUCCAUUUACCUUUCUCAGCAGACCAGCAGGAGGAAGGCCAGGGUUUCAAAGCAUCAUCUACUGUAUCCACUGAACAUUCACUCAUGCAGAUUUCUGGGAAUUCAUCUCUUGGUAAAACAUCCUGCAUUGAGGAUUCUGUGGUAUCAAUUGAUGCUGAAUUAGUGAACCAAGAGCUCCGACCAUUGCCCUCCAGUGAUGCAAAAAACAAAUCGCAGCCUCACACUGAAAACUCAACUCCCAAGAGAUCAAUACGAGACUGUUUUGAUUACAAUGAAGAUUCUCCCACACAGCCCACCGUACCCAAAAGAGGUUUGUUUCUAAAGGAAGAUAUAUUUAAAACAGACAUGGUGGUAAAUGAUAUAAAAAACCAGAUCUCUCUGAUGUUUAAGACAGAAAUAAGUAGGAGCACACCUUCCCUGUUAGAUCCACCAGACAGAUCCAAGCUUUGUCUGGCUUUACAAACAGCCUACAACAAGUGUCCCUCUGCCAUCAGUCAGUCGUGUGAUUGUUUACCCAACAUGAGUGAUCAAAAUCUCAAGCUAACAAUACAGAACCACUUUAAGGAAUGUUCCAUAGGUCUAGGUAAGUCCAGUGACAGCAUUAGAAGGGAGAAGCUGAGGUGCAAGAAGUCACACGACAUCCCUGAGGAGGUGGCAUCAUGCAGGUUAUCUGGAAUCGUAUCAAAUGCUACACUGACAAACCAGGUAAAGAAAAGAGGGGUCACUGCUUUGCAAAAUGGAAUCACUUUUGGUAGCUUGCAGUCCAUAGAAGGGACAGACAGUGAUUCAACCUCCGUAUCUUCCGAUCCUUCCAAACAGCCGGAAGUGAAUGGCCAAUACUGCAGAGAAAGAGCUUAUUCUGCUUCGCCUGCUCACAGCCAAGUGAGCAGCAUUUCAGCUGGCCUAGAGUCUGCUGUGUCUUCAUCCCCAAUUCUUCCAAGAGGCAAAAGGACCCGCCCAUCUUCUCCAAGUUAUGAUAAUACAGAUGUUAAUGUUGCUGAGGCCUGGUAUGGGUCUGAUGAAUACUUAGCCCUCCCAUCACACCUCAAACAGACUGAAGUAUUAGCUUUAAAAUUAGAAAACUUGACAAAACUUCUUCCUCAGAAACCUCAAGCAGAGGCCAUUCAAAACAUUGAUGACUGGGAACUAUCAGAAAUGAAUUCAGAUUCUGAGCUUUACCCAACAUAUCAGAUCAAAAAGAAGCACAAAAGGUUAGGUAGAGUUUCUCCAAGCUCUUCAAGUGACAUCAUCUCCUCAACAGGUGACAGCAUUGAAUCGGGCCCACUUAGUGACAUUCUUUCAGACGAAGAGCUUUGUACAUCCUCACCUAGCAUUAAAAAAUACUUAAACGACAGGCCACAAAACCCACCAGUGACUCAAUCAUCCGAAAGAAAUGAAAUACCUACCACAAAUAAAUCAGCUUUAAUUCAGCAGCUGAUGCAAGAUAUACAACACCAGGAUAAUUAUGAAAUUAUAUGGGAAAAAAUGGAGGGGUUUGUCAGCAAGCUGGACGAAUUCAUUCUCUGGUUAAAUGAAGCAAUGGAAACAACAGAGAACUGGACUCCACCUAAGGCAGAAACAGACAGCCUUAAACUCUACCUGGAAACACAUUUGAGCUUUAAGCUGAAUGUAGAUAGCCACUGCGCUUUAAAGGAAGCUGUCGUAGAAGAAGGACGUCAACUUCUUGAUCUUAUAGUAUCUCACAAAUCAGGAUUGAAGGACAUGCUGCAGAUGAUAGCAAGUCAAUGGAAGGAACUACAGAGGCAAAUCAAACGACAACACAGCUGGAUUCUUAGGGCUCUGGGUAUCAUCAAAGCAGAGAUACUGGCUACUGAUGUGUCUGCAGAGGAUGAGGAAGGGACUGAGAGCCCCAAGGCUGAGGUUCAGCUAUGCUAUCUGGAAGCACAAAGAGAUGCUGUUGAACAGAUGUCCUUAAAGCUGUACAGUGAGCAGUACAACAGCAGUAGCAAGCGAAAGGAAGAAUUUGCGGAUAUGUCAAAAGUUCACACAGUGGGAAGUAAUGGCCUUUUGGACUUUGAUUCGGAAUACCAGGAGCUCUGGGAUUGGCUGAUUGACAUGGAAUCCAUAGUGAUAGACAGCCAUGACCUGAUGAUGUCAGAGGAGCAGCAGCUGCAUCUUUACAAGAGGUACAGUGUAGAAAUGUCAAUCAGACACCCCAAAAAGAUGGACUUGCUGAAUAAAGUUGAAGCUUUGAAGAGAAGUGGUGUUUUACUACCCAACAAUCUCCUUGAAAAAGUGGAUUCAAUUAAUGAAAAAUGGGAACUGCUUGGGAAAACCCUCGGAGAGAAGAUCCAAGACACAAUGGUAGGACACAGUGGGCUCAGUCCACGUGACCUGCUUUCGCCUGAAAGCAGCAGCCUGGUAAGGCAGCUGGAGGUCAGGAUCAAAGAGCUGAAAGGGUGGCUGAGAGAUACCGAGCUUUUUAUCUUCAAUUCCUGUCUGAGGCAAGAAACUGAAGGGACAAUGAAUGCGGAGAAACAACUGCAAUACUUUAAGUCCCUCUGCUGUGAAAUUAAACAAAGAAGAAGAGGCAUAGGCUCAGUGUUACGUUUAUGCCAGCACCUCCUUGACAAUCAAGAUACCUGUAAUCUAAAUGCAGAUCAUCAAUCAAUGCAGCUGAUAAUUGUAAAUCUUGAAAGAAGGUGGGAAGCUAUCGUCAUGCAAGCUGUCCAGUGGCAAACUAGGUUGCAGAAGAAGUUGGCAAAGCAUCCAGAAUCCUUGAAUGUUAUUGAUCCUGGCUUAAUGGAGCUAAAUGGCACAAGUGAAGAUGCACUAGAAUGGGAUGAAAUGGAUAUAAGUAAUAAGUUAAUUAGCAUUAAUGAGGAAUUCAAUGAGCUUGAUCAAGAACCAAAGCAGGAUGACACAAAGCUGAACUCUCUAUCUGAAGCAUGUGCCAAUGACAGUCCAGAACAAGAGGCAAAUACUACUAUUCAUGGAAACUGUCUAAGCAGCCCAAGAAUUACAGCAUCUCCAGGCCCUCAAAUCUACCAGGUUUACAGCAUCCACAAUGUAGAAUUAUCAGGAAAUGAUCAUAUCUCUGUCUUGAAAAAGGCAUCUCCGGCUCCUGGUCUUAUACACCCAGCCAUUGUAAACAAACAAAUGAAUGAAGACUCAUCAAUGUUGCCCGCCAAAGAUUUGUCAGACCUAGUGGGUAGCACCACCUUGGCAAUGCCACAGAAUUAUAUGUAUCAUAGUGGAAACAUAAACAGGCAUUCAGAGAGUCAGAAUAAAAUAGCUAGCGGUAGUGAGCCAGAAUCAAUCAAUAAUUCCAAAACCCAUUUGCCAAGCGAUACUGAUGGGAUCCAGGAUAAUUCUAUAACUAUUACCUCAGAUUCCAAGUUAGGAGAUAUAGUUGAUGUGAUAAAGCAAAAAGUUAAACAGGAGAACGAGGAGACCAAUGUUAACUUCUUAAAUACAUCUCCAUUAAACUCUAGUAACAAAGCUAAAACUCUGGGCAGUACUACCCAACAUCGCCCUGAGAAUUCAGAAGAGUUACAAGGAAAACAAAACAGCUUUACAUUUUAUGAUUAUUCCUUUCUUCAGGGUUCAAAAUUCAAGCUACCAAUGAUCAUGAAGCAAGCAAACUCAGGAAAAGCACACAAGCAGGGCAGUUUGCUUCAUGGCUUUUAUUUUGAUAAAGUCCCCUUAUCUGAACCUCAGCCUGUAGUGUUAAAAGCACAUGGGUCUACAGAUGAGAUUGCUAUACCCACUGCCUUGGAUGAUACAGAUCCCAAGCACGGUGAAUUUGCAGAUCUGAAGAAACUAAAUGACACCACCAAUGCAAAACCGCUUUCCACUUUAUCUCAUAGCUCUUCUUUAGACUCCCUUUCUGUAACUAGUGACUUGUUUGGCCCAACUGUUUUUAGAAGUGGAGAAGGUCUCCAGCGUAGCACUUCCUUGGAGAAUUGGUUGGCUCCCUACAAAGGCAAUGAAGAUCUUUUUAGUUGCAAUGGCUCUGGAGACCUAAGUGGAAGUAGUGAGUCUGUUGGUGAACUUAGUAAAAGGACGUUAGACCUUUUGAAUCGUUUAGAAAACAUCCAGAGUCCUUUAGAUCAAAAAAUAAAGCGUAGCAUCUCUGACAUCACACUCCAGAGCACUUCCCAAAGGAUGUCCUUGACUGGCCAGUUGUCACUGGAUAUUGCAUCCUCUAUUAAUGAAGAUUCACCUGCCUCCCUCACUGAGCUAAGCAGCAGCGAUGACCUGUCUCUGUGCUCUGAAGAUAUUGUAUUGCACAGAAAUAAAGUACCAGAUUCAAAUGCAUCAUUCAGAAAACACCUCAAUCGGUCGGUAGCUGAUGAGAGCGAUGUCAACGUUAGCAUGAUUGUUAAUGUUUCCUGUACCUCCGCUUGCACUGAUGAUGAAGAUGAUAGUGAUUUGCUAUCAAGUUCUACCCUCACCCUGACUGAGGAAGAGCUGGGCAUUAAAGAUGAAGAUGAUGAUUCCAGUAUUGCAACUGAUGAGGAUAUUUAUGAAGACUGCAAUUUAAUUUCAGGACUCGACUACAUAAAGAAUGAACUCCACACUUGGAUAAGACCAAAAUUUUAUCUGUCAAAGGAAAAAAGAAAGUGCACCCUGGAUGAUGAAAUCCAGGGCUGUAAGAAUUUAAGAAGUGAUGAGACUUUGAAAGCAAAAGAGUCUUUGAAUAUUGAGAAAAUUUUGAAUGAUUCUAUACAUCAACUUUCAGAAAAUAAUGGCAAUAGUAAGAACAAAGCAGAUAGCCAUGAGCCAGGGACAAGGCAGCAAACUAAAACUGAUGGUUUUCAGGUUUCCAAAGAUCACUUGGUGGAUGACAUGGAGAAUGGAAAUGUUGCCAUUACUCAAGAAAGUCCAAAGGAAGACUGUGCUCAGAUCUCAAGUCCUGCCACGAAUGUUAGCACACUGGGUGGUAAAGGACGUGAAAGUGAGUGUUGUAUCUGUGAAACAUUCACUGAUGGUAAGGAGUCUAUUCAACCAUCAAAUUUAACUGGUUCUCCAAAAGGCUAUCAGAAACAUUCUGAAUUUGAGGGUUAUUGUAUUAAAAAACCUUUUACUGAAUUCAAAUCAGAUAAAAAAGGUGCAAAUACACCAAAUACAGCCUUACUACCAUCACUGCUGAAUGAUCAACAAAGCAGUGCAGGAAUUAGUGAACAUGGUAGUGAUUGCUGCGCAUCUUUUAAAUCUAAUAAAGCAGAAGGAAAUGCCUUAGCCAGCAGCAGUGAUUCGUGUUGUAACUGUGAAGCUGUUACUUCUGAUAAAAGAAAUGGGGAAGAUUGCUCAGUACACAAUUUUGUGAUGGAGAUCAUAGAUAUGGCCUCAACAGCCCUGAAGAAGAAGUCGCAGCCUGAAAGUGAGUCAGCUGUUCCACAUUCAUUAGCACAGAUCAGGGAAAAGGUUCUAGAGCAUUCUCACAGGCCAAUUCAACUGAGAAAGGGAGACUUUUAUUCUUACCUCUCACUUUCUUCUCAUGAUAGUGACUGUGGGGAAGUAACAAAAUAUGUUGAAGAAAAGAGCAGUACUCCAGUUCCACUAGACUUUGCAGAAAACAUUGAGUGCUUUUUUGAAGCCUGUCCUGAAGAGGAGCGUGUUGAACAGCAAGUAUAUGUUGCUAAUGAAGAUGCUGAAGUACCUCUAGUAAAAUAUGAAGGUCUGGAUUUAAUAGAUGAACAUAAAACAUCUGCUAAUUGUAGUGGUGUUUCUUUUUUAAGUGUGGAGAUGGAUGUAAAUAUGCCUGGCUCAAUUACCCAGAUGGUACCUGAUAAUUUAAAAAAACCUGCUAGUGAACCUUUGGUCUUGGACAUUCCUAGUGAUUGUCCAGUAUCGAAUUCCCUCCCAAAUCAAUCUAAAGAAAACAAUUCAGGACUGCCACUCAGGAUUGCAAAGUCUGAAGAAGAUUUAGCCUCUUCUCUAAAGGCCUCAGUUGAAGCCAUUCAGUUAAAGCCAGAUCCCUUGAAAGAGAAGGAAGUUUUGCACCAGGACACUAAAACUCUUGUAUGUGAAGAAAACCUCCUGCAUCUUCACAAAGAAAGGCACAUAAAUAUGCAGAGGUAGAUGCAAUCUUUCCUGGAAACACACGUUAUUUCAUAAACAGAAACUUGGCUGCAUUUCAGGUGCAGGCUUAUCCUCCAAACCCCGGGAUGACCUCUAAUUCCAUUGUAUCACUGCCUUUUGUUACACUUGACUCCCAAGAUAAAUUUUCUUUCCAAAUGUGAUUUGUCCAUUUUGGCUUUGUGACCAGGAUGCAUAUGCUGGUCCUGUUUCAAUUAUCAUUUUGCUUUGUAGCAAAAUCAUUUGCUUUCAUAGGAAUUUCUCUCCCAAGCUACCUCUUAACACCCUACCCUUCCAAAAUGGUAUGCCUCUGUAUGCCUUCUCACCCACUACAUUUUUUUAAUGAUUUUGCAAUGCCACAGAAUAUAUUAUUAUUCUCGACCACCAUUCAGAACUGUAAAUGUCAUUCUUCUAUUUUGUGUAUCAAAUUUGGUAUUUUAUGUGUAUAAUGCAUAUUGUUUACUGAAAGUAUUUUAUGUUUAGAAUGAAAAUUUUAUUUGAUUGCAGCGAAAGGAAAAGAACUGCUCCUGAAUCCACAUAAAUGAAGUUAUACAAAACAGAUACAAAAUUAUCCUUUUGUUUUAAAAGAAUCUAUGCAGCACUUCAAGAAACAGCUACACAGUGUUGUAUAUUAAGAACUGUUAACAUUCUACCAAAUUAAGUACAACAUUUUGGUUUUCUACUAUGCUUCUUGAGGUGGUAAUCACAAAACAAUCCCACAUUUUUAAAAAUUGUGCCUUGCUGUAUUUCUUAUACCAUUUAUUAAAAAGCUGCUUUCACAGUAAAAUUAUGUUGGUUUGAAGGAAGGAAAUAGCAAGGUGUGAAUAAUUUCUGUAUAUAUGUAUAACCAAGUGCAAACAUUGAUGUAUAAUGACAGUAUAAAAUGCUUUAAUGUUUGUGAUGCCCAGUGGUGUGUAAAACAUAAGCCUUAAAACCACUAGAUUGCAUGAUAAUUAGAAUUGGCAUAAUAAAUGUAGUUUACUGGGGGGAAAAAAACAGAACUGGCUCUCAUUUACCUGCAUCAUGAUUUAAUAAACAUCUCCAUACUUAUAA